ACCCCAAGUGUGGAGCAGGGAGCGGGGGAGCGCGGCGGCGGCACUUCCUCCGCCACCAAACUCCCGGGGCUCGGCGGGGGCUUGGGGUCACCUCCUCCUGGGUAAGGAGGAACCCCCUCACGAGAGAUUUUAGCCUGACUUUUUCCCCUUCUUUCUUUCUCUCUCUCUCUUUUUUUUAAACACAUUUUUUCCUGGCUUCGGACCUCAGACUGCUGCAGCCCAAGCCUUCCAAGGGCUCAGCUCUUUGGGGCUGCCAAUCCCUCCGGCUGGGAGAAAGACGCGUGCCCAGCGUCGGGCGAAGAAAAGAAGAAAAACUUGUCGGAGGGGUUUCACCAGCUCACUGUAACCCCCUCCCCGCAAACGCUAACCUCCCGCGGGGCCAUCCCAAGACAGGGGAAAGUUCCUUCUGAGCCGUCAGCCCUUUUGGAUUUGGAGGCGGCACCAGCGCUGGCUGUGGAAUUAGAUCUGUUUUGAACCCAGUGGAGCGCGUCGCGGGGGUUCGGAAAUCACCUUCUGCGGCCACUGGGGUGGCGUUGCCUGUGCGGAGCCGAGUUUGGGAGCCCGGUCUGCAAGUGGUCUUUUCUUCCCUCAGUUGUUUGUCUGGGGUGAGGGCUGCGAGACUGGGAAGUUGCGGAGAGAGACCUGGUGGUCGGGAGAGGGCUGUGCUCGCAAUUCCACUCCCUUCUUCCUUUUCCCGGCCUCCGGGCGUGAGAUCCCACUGAAACGACAAAGCCCUCCCGUCCCGCCGAGGCCGGUCGGCAGCACUCAGCCCGUGGCCCCCGCGCCCACCAGGAGCCCGAGAGCACAGGGCGCCGGGGAAGGACUGGCGCGGAAGGGGAGGGAGGUCUCGGCGGCAGCAUGGCGAGAGUACGGAGGGCCGACCUGGCCGCUGCAGGAGUUGUGUUACUUUGCCACUUUUUAAUGGACCGGUUUCAGUUCACCGAAGGGGAGACCGGAAACCAAAGCAAAGAUUGGCAAUAUGAAAUUGCUCAGGAGGCCUUCCCUCAAACACAGGACGACGUGGAAGUGUACUCACAUGCCUACAGCCACAGGUGGAAGAGAAACUUAGACUCUCUCAAGGCAGUCGACACGAACAGAGCAAGCUUUGGUGAAGACUCUACAGAGCCCAGAGGCUUUACAGACCUACUGCUGGAUGAUGGGCAGGACAACAACACGGAGAUUGAGGAGGACACAGAUCAUAAUUACUACAUAUCUCGGAUAUAUGGUCCAUCUGAUUCUGCCAGCCGGGAUUUGUGGGUGAAUAUAGACCAAAUGGAAAAAGACAAAGUGAAGAUUCAUGGAAUAUUGUCUAAUACUCAUCGGCAAGCUGCGAGAGUGAAUCUGUCCUUCGAUUUUCCAUUUUAUGGCCAUUCCCUACGUGAAAUCACUGUGGCAACCGGGGGUUUUAUAUACACUGGAGAAGUUGUACAUCGAAUGCUAACAGCCACACAGUACAUAGCACCCUUAAUGGCAAAUUUUGAUCCCAGUGUGUCCAGAAAUUCAACAGUCAGAUAUUUUGAUAAUGGCACAGCACUUGUUGUCCAGUGGGACCACGUACAUCUGCAGGAUAAUUACAACCUAGGAAGCUUUACAUUCCAGGCAACUCUCCUCACAGAUGGACGCAUCAUCUUUGGAUACAAAGAAAUUCCUGUCUUGGUCACACAGAUAAGUUCCACCAAUCAUCCAGUCAAAGUGGGGCUGUCUGAUGCAUUUGUCGUUGUCCACAGGAUCCAGCAAAUUCCCAAUGUUCGAAGAAGAACAAUUUAUGAGUACCAUCGAGUAGAGCUCCAAAUGUCAAAAAUUACCAACAUUUCAGCUGUGGAAAUGACUCCAUUACCUACGUGUCUCCAGUUUAAUGAGUGUGGCCCCUGUGUAUCUUCUCAGAUUGGUUUCAACUGCAGUUGGUGUAGUAAACUUCAAAGAUGUUCCAGUGGAUUUGAUCGCCAUCGGCAGGACUGGGUGGACAGCGGAUGCCCUGAAGAGUCAAAAGAGAAGAUGUGUGAGGACACAGAGCCAGUGGAAACUUCUUCUCAAACCACCGCAACCGUAAGAGCGACAACCACGCAGUUCAGGGUCUUAACCACCACCAGGAGAGCAGCAACGUCCCAGCUGCCAACCAGCCUGCCCACAGAAGAUGAUACCAAGAUUGCACUACAUCUAAAAGAUAACGGAGCUUCCACAGAUGACAGUGCGGCCGAGAAGAAAGGGGGAACCCUUCAUGCUGGCCUCAUCGUUGGAAUUCUCAUCUUGGUCCUCAUUAUAGCAGCAGCAAUUCUCGUGACAGUCUAUAUGUAUCACCACCCAACUUCAGCAGCCAGCAUCUUCUUUAUUGAGAGACGCCCAAGCAGAUGGCCUGCAAUGAAGUUUCGAAGAGGUUCUGGACAUCCUGCAUAUGCUGAAGUAGAACCAGUUGGAGAGAAAGAAGGUUUUAUUGUAUCAGAGCAGUGCUAAAAUUUCUAGGACAGAGCAGCACCGGUACUGGCCUACAGGUGUUAAGACUAAAAUUUUGCCUAUACCUUUAAGACAAACAGAAAAACACAUACGUACAAUGGAGCUCAAGGCUGCUGUAGCCUGAAGGAGACAAGAUUUCUGGACAAGCCCAGCCCAGGAAGGGUAAAAGAAAAAAAAAAUCAAAUUUUCUCAAGAUACCAUAUUACCACUGAACAUAGAAUUCACUAGUGGAAUGACAUCUAUAGUUCACUCAGAACAUCUGUUGUGGACUGAUCAAUAUGACAAGAUUACAGUGCUACUGGCUUAGAUGCAGGGUUGAAUAGGGAUGGAGAAAAUAAUAAUAAUAAAGCUUUAGUUCUCAAGGGAUCCAUAACUUCGGUUCAAAUGUUCUUCUCUGAUGUCUCAAAGAUAACUGUGUUCCAAAGCUUUAACCCUUGCACUCAAAAGAUAAAUGUUUCAGGAUUGCUGAAAAAAUUGGUUCGUGCCAGAGCAAAAACAAACAAAAAAUAGGUGAUUUUCUAUCUUUUCAAAACAGACAUGUGGCAAAAGGAUUUUGUUUAUCUGGUCUAGAUCCAUCUGUUCCAAGAAGUUCUUUACUUACAGGACACAUCUUUUAUCUGUACAAGAGGUUCAACCUGUGCCUCCUUCUUUUUUCAUAGUGAGUACCCUUUCCGUGGCUGUGACAGACUUUCCAAACCUUUAUCUCUGUGUUAGGAAAGAGAGAAUGUCAAAUAAGGCUUUCAUUUCUCCUGCUUCAGGUUAGAACGUCUGACUUGUUUUAAGAAGCUUUGCCUCCAUUUUCCCAACUGUGAAGUCAAGCAAAGUCCACAGUUGCUCUUGGCUGAAGGAAGCAAAAGGAAACAAUAAAAAGAGUUCCUUAAUCAUUUUUGAAGCAACAAUGUUAAGGGAUAUUAAACAUACAGAUUUUUCAGUUUUUGCUUUUUCAGUACUAACGGCCCAUUUCAUUGCUGAUUCCUAAGAAGCCAUUCAAGUCCAGCACACAUCCCUGAUGAUAAAAAAGAAUGACAGUGUUUUAGAACCCUGCUGAAUCAUACAGUAAUUUUCUUUAAAGCACAUAGUAGUUACAUAAAUAUAUAUAUAAAUAUAUUUUUGUUUAUAACUAACACAAGGCAGGCUCUUGUGACUCUAAGAGUGCAUUUUGUCACCAAGACAAAACAAAUGCAAGAUGCAUUACUGCAUAUUUCCAUAGAGUUGUAAAAUAAUCCUUAAUAUUAGAAUAUUUUUAUGUCAUUUAGCAAAAGUGGUUCAAUAAGUUGCAGUGCCGAUAAUUUUCCUGCCUGUUUGAGCCACUCUUUGAUGCAUAUGAACCCCUUCCCUCCCUGGUUAGAAAAAGCAGAAGCAAAAUCUCCUUAGAUAGACCUGUUGUUUGCCCUGUAAUCACAAUCCAAAUUUGGAAAAUUCCCCAUGAAUGAAAAAAAAGAAAAGGUAUCACUAAAGGAGCAAAGUGGUUCAUAUAUACUGAGCUCUUAAAGUUCAAAUUCAGGUACUGUGUGUAUAAUUUCAUCAACAUCCUGACCUAUGACACUUUCAUAUUCUGUGCCAAGAAGCUGUUGAUUCUUGUACGGUGUUCAACAUUUGCAGAUUCAGGUAUCAAGGAGCAGAGAUGUCUUGUAAGCAGCACUUUACUAACAGCUUAGCAUCUUAACACAGUGUCAACAUUGAAUGGCAUCAGCCCACUAACAUGAUAGCAUAUUUUAAGUCCAGAAUUGUCUGAAGUCAAUGAGUGCUGUUUUCUGUCACAUAUAUUUUGCUUUACAUUUUUAAGUAUUGAAUGAGGGUGGUUAACUUUUUCCUAACUCAGUAAUUGGGAAAACAAAUUAAAAAGCAAGGUGAUUGAAGGAUGUGAUGACAAUCUUUCUGCUGUAACCAUGUACAGUUUAUAUGAAAUAUCACAACUUAUUCUUGGGGAGUAGGUUUGGUCAGAUAGCAAUAAUCAAAUGACUUGCCAGUAUAACUGGUGCAACUGGUAUUCUACCGAUACAUAAGGGACACGUAGAUGACUUCCUUGUAGGAUAAGAUGAUGCUUCUUUCACUAGCUUCUGUCGUGGUGCAGCCUCCAAUAGCAGUUGACUGGCAAUUAUAUAAAUCCUACACAUAUAUCCUUACGCAAUUUUUGUUAGUAAUCCUUAUACCCUUCAUGGUUUAUCUUCCAUUUUAGACUCAAAAGAAUUGACAGUUCUGGGGGAAAAUAUAAAACCUUCUGAAUUGUUCAGUGAGCGAGAGCACGAAAUAAUAGAGAAAACUUUUUGGAAGUAAAAAGGCUGCUAAGUUUGGGAAAACUUCUCAACAAACUAGCAGUUAUAAGUGGUGAUAAGAGUGUGUUGUAUAUGAAUCCAUUAGUGGUAAGGGAAAAUAUUGGCUGAAUCCCCUUUUCUCAUGAAACUUUUGCUGUUUUAUAUUGCUGGCUUUUUCUUGGUGCCCAUUUACUGCAAAGGAAGAGCAAACAUACACAGUUUCCGGAAAUUCAGAGUGGACAUUGAUGCUUUUGACUUGCAUAUUUUAUGUAUUAGAGAGGGUGUAUGAGUACAACACUUAAUAUACUAUGAUCACACAGGCACAGUAAUCACAGUAGAGAGAGAAUAAUAAUAACUUAAAAAUACAAAGGCACGCACACAAAAUUCUAGCAAAAUCAGGUGAACGAUAACAGAGGAAGUUAAUUGUUUCAUCUGAAUCACUUGUAAAAAUAAUAUUCAGCGAUUAAAUAAAGGUUUUACAAGUCAAGAAAAAAACAUCUUAAGCCAACUGGAUGGCACUAAGCACAAUGUUGGUUUGUUUAUGAAGGUUAUGAAAUUCAAGAUUUACUAACAAAACUGAAGAUAAAGUGUGGUUUACCCUCCAAUGAUUAUUUUAGUUUGAAAUACCUACGGCAUUUGAUAAUCUCUCACAUGUAACCUCCAGAAUUGUGCGGUCCAGUAUAAUAGCCACUGGCCACCUGUGACUAUUUAAUGAAAAUUAAAUAAAAUUUAAAAUUCAGUUCCUUAGUCUCACACUAGCCACAGUUCAAGUGCAAUAGCUGCACACGGCUAGUGGCUACCACAUUGGACAAUACAGAUAGAACAUUUCCAUCAUCACAAGACCUGCUAUAAACCAAGCCACACCCAUUGCCAUCUAGUGGAUUCCAACUCAUAGCAAUCCUAUGAGAGAGUAGAACUGCCCCAUAGAGUUGCCAAGGAGCUAUGGAGUUCUUUUAAUUCUGUCUUCUUGGAGAAGAAGGAGGAAGGAAAGAAGAUUUAGUAGCGUUUGGGUAUAUCCAAGUGAUUUUGGUCUCAGAAAACCACCAUAGAGUAAUGAAAAGAAUACUAGCGGACACGGCUUUGAGCCUCCACUCUGUUGUCUUAGGAAAAUCACUCUGAUUUCUAUGAGUCUCCGUUUGCAAUUUUGGAAAAUAAAGAUAAUUUUAAUUAUAUAAGACUUUUAAAGCCUUAUAUAAAUAUAACCCAUAGAAAGCACUUCUAUUGGUCUAAUACCAGCACGAAUUUGCAUUCAAUGAAAGAGUGGCCCGUCAGUUCAAAAUCAUUCAAUGACAAUCAAAUCAAUAAAUUUCUACAGUAAAUGCCAAAGACGAAUGCAUUCAAAAUACAAAACAAACUUGCUUAAAUUCCUUUUUUCCUAUCUCUCCUUUUAAUAAUUCCUCUGGUGACAUCUGUCCCAACUGUCUUCUCCUCUCCCAUGCCAAAGCCCCCCAUGUACACCCUCAGCUGGAUCGGUUAUUUUAUGUAGAGCCUCUUAGCAUCUCCAGUUUCUUCUGAUUUUUCAGUUCUCUCCUUAUGGGAAAGAGAGGCCCAAGAGCUGACCAUCAAGCUUCUCUUUAGAAGGAAAUACCUCAGAUACAAAUAUUUUAAUAAUAUUCAUCUUAUCCCUAUAACACAAAUGUAAGGUGCUAUUAAAAUAUAAAAAUGUUGAGCUUAAUUUUAGAUGUGAAAGCUUACAAAUGCAGACUAUAUAAAAGGAAUAAAAUUACUUUAAAUUAUGCUAGAAUCCAGAUAAUAUAUAUUCUCAGAUUAGUAUAAUUUACCCAUUUUUUGGUGAAACUUCUGUGUUAUUUCCUUGUGAAAUUUGGGGAUUUCCCUAGUGUCUGUUGUGCAUUUGAGAAAAACAAAUUCUAGAAUCCAUGUCUUGGUUACACGUCCAAUCCUUAAUAGAAAUUAGUAUUUAAAUAAGACUAACCAAACAGUGGAGUCCUUGGGUGGUGCAACGAGUUACUCUGGCUGCUGACCAAAAGGUUGGAGGUUCAAGCCCACCUACAGGCACCUCCAAAGAAAGGCCUAAGGAUCUGCUUCUGAACAAUCAGUCAUGAAAAACCCUGUGGGGCACCAUUCUGCUGUGACCCACAAGGGGCUGCCAUGAGUCAGAAUCAUUCGAGGGCAACUAGUGGUUGGUUAACUGAACAGUAGUUCCUGUGGUUAUGGUUUCUUGUGCUUAUAAAAUGCUAUUUUGGUUUGUGUUUCCUUAGGCAUUUUUCAGAUGUUUUAUUACAGUGUUCUUCACAAAUUCCAGAAUAUUGCUCUUGCUUUUACUUUCCUACCUGCACCCCUCUUUUGGCGUCAGCAUCAAUAUGCCAGAAUCAUGGGAGGUCACCUAAUCCAACCUCUUCAUUUUAUACAUUAGGAAAAACUGAGGCCCAGAGAAAUACAGUAAUUUUCCCAGUGUCAGAACUGGGCUUGGCCUUAAAUUUCCUUACUGGUGGUAAUUUUUGUUUCAGUUCUCCUUGUAUCCAACAUUUCAGCCACAAUUAAGGUCAACCAAACAGCCUAGAAGGUACAAUCCAUCUAAAAGCUAACUCGAUUUACUGUAUUGAUUAUCUACUCCGUCCUGGAAUGUGGAUCUUCCUCUCUCAUAUUACUGGCUUUCAAUGGGGCCAUUUUCAUAGUUAUUUCAAGUUCUAGCUAUUAUAUGAUCUUUCUGUGGUUUUGCAUACCCCCUUACCCUCAAUUCCCUGGGGCCGUCUAAGUUAGCAAUACUAUUUAUCUCUUGCCAUUUUAAGAUUUUAUGCCUUUGUUAUAUUUCUUCCCAACUACACUUGAAAACUAAUAAUCUCAUAGGGAAUUUUCUUACCAGGUAUAGAAUCACAAUUUCUACUUGCCCUUUAAAGUAUUUUAACAUCAUUGUCCUAAGGAGGCUUUUUGAAUAAAUAUCAUGAGGUCUGUGUUAUUACCUAUGAUAAACUCAUACUAACUUGCGUUUGUAAAGCAAUUUACAUUUUACAGAGCACUUUGAUUCAACCUUUUAUUUGUUCAUUCAUUCAACCACUCGAUUCAUUUAAAUAUUUAUUGAGCGCAUACUGGAACCAAGUCACUGUGCUAGAUCUUAUGGAAUAUAGUGAUAAAUACAAAUAGUGAGUGAUCAGGCAUAUAAAUGGAUAAUUAUAAUAUGAGGAAAUCCUCAAACACAGCUAUGCAAGUAGGUAUUAGGAUAAUAUCAAAGAGCCUUGGUGGCACAAUGGUUAAACACUCAGCUGCUAACCAAAAGGUCAACAGUUUGAACCCACCAGCCAAUCUGUGGGAAAAAAGACCUGCCUCCUAGAAAAACUACAGCCUAGGGAACCCUAUAGGGCAGUUCUACUCUGUCCUAUAGAGUCACUAUGAGUUGGAAUUGACUCAACAGCACACAACAGCCACAGGAUCCAUAUUACACUAUUCAAUUUCCAAUUCCAAUUUUGAGCUAUACGCACGUAGGAAACUAUCAAGUGUCUGAAGAAUAUUUCUAAAAUAAAAUACACCAUUGCACUUCUGUGCUGUUUGCUCUAUUUCAAAUGAUCUGUUCAUUUCAUUUAUGAGAAGAAAAGUCAUUCAUCCAAAAUUGUCCCAGACCCAAGAGCACUUUGCAGUUUACGUAUAUUCUUACUGACCAGAUGCAACACAUGAAGUUUCACUUUCUUGCUCCAGUUUUUUUGCUGGUGACUUUUUCAAUUAUCAAUAUGCUUGUUUUUAGGUUAGAGGUAUUAAAAGUCAAAGAAAAACAUCUAUUCCAGAUACACCAAUGUAGCCAAGGAGCAUUUGCACUUCAGGUGUAUGUGGUUGUUGUGUCAUUCAUUAGUCUAUCUCAGGUUUUCUCAACCUCAGCACUAUUGACAUUUGGGGCCCAAUAAUUCUUUUUUGGGAAACCCUGAUGGCACAGUGGUUAAGUGCUAUGGCUGCUAACCAAAAGGUUGGCAGGUUGAAUCCACCAGGCGCUCCUUGGAAACUCUAUGGGGCAGUUCUACUCUGUCCUAUAGGGUCGCUGAGUCGGAAUCGACUCAACAGCAAUGGGCUUGGUUUUUGUUUUUAAUUCUUUGUUAGGGAAGGGAGGGGAGGGUGGUCUUGUGUGCUGUGGGGUAUUUUGCAGCAUCCCUGUCUUCUAUGGACUAGAUGCCAGUAACAGUUCCCCAUCCCAGGCUAUAACAACUAAAGAAGUCUCCAGACAUUGUCAAAUGUCAGGGGUGGGAGGAAAAGGGGCAAAACCAACCACUGAGCAAAUAUAUUAGGAGUCAAAAAGGAAUGUUCCUCUUUCUCUUGUUGCUUAGUGUUCAACAUAGGGAGGUUUUUACUUACAAGCCUCGGAAUGGAAUCAUAAACUCUUUAAACUAGAAGGGACUGCAGAAGUCACUAGCUCUACCACAGCCCAACAUCAUCCUUCUCUGUUUCUCCAUCUAUGGUUUUACAUUUUUAUUAAGAUUGAAGAUUGGUUAUCUCUGCAAACUUGAGAAUGAACUUUUUCAAAGCUAGAGAUAAGACUGUUAAAUAUGCUUUGCUGCUCUACUAGCUGACUUUUGUCUUUGGCAUGGGGACUUGAUGUCUCCUACAACUUCAGUAUCUCAGAGACUUUGCUUUGGGGGACCUCUUUUGGUGAUUUCAUACAUCUACAAAUCUUAUUCCUUAGUCUUGUUCUUCAAAAUGGGCAUAGAAGUUGAAGCUUGUAACAUCUAGUUUUAAGUAGACCUGAAUGAGCUUUCUGUUUCUGCUUUGAAUUUCUGAAAUUUUUUUUGUUGGUGUUAUCAAAAUAUUCUAUUCCAUUACUUACUCAACUAUGGACUUAAAGCAGUAGUAGGUGAUACGUGUGUGUGUGUGUGUGUGUAGUUAUCCUCUUUAGAAGAAAAAAACUUCACUGUCUCAAGUAAUUGAAAAUUUGAAAUUUCAGAGUCGGAAUGUUUAAAUCUGUAAAGCCAAAGUCCCUAGUCAUUUGAUGUGCCUUAUGCCAGUUUUCAUCUAGGGUCAGUGAUUUCCUUUGGCUAACUUUGAUCAGUUUGUACUUGGGUCUAUUUUGCAACAACCGGAAAGCUUGGUCAAGUUAUACAAAGACAGCCCCUUAAGAAUAUUCCCAGAAAUAACAACAAAUCCCGCUAAUGGAAUAUCAGGCUCCCUUUACUCCUUUGCUAAAAGACCAACCCAAACUUUUAAGAUAUUCAUAAUUAUACACUACAAAUUGCUAAUAUAGAUACACUGUUGAAAGCCUUGAUUAUAACCUUUAAGGCUGUAGAAUCUUGACAGACAGACCUGGAGUGAGCUCUUACAACACAGUCAUGGGAGUCAGAGAACUCCAACCCAGAUGGCCUCAAGUGUGUGUACGAUCUCCCCUACCACUGCCACAUCAAGGUGAUGUUACUUCUUAAGGUUUUGAUUGAGUUGGCCUUCUAGUUUCAACUUAAAUUGUAAUACAACUGAUUGAUUGUUGCCUGACUUACUUCAUUUUUAAACCAGUGUCCACUGCUCUCACAAUUAUUAUGAAGACGUAAGAUGAAAAUUAAAAUUGCAUAGUUUCUUGAAUCCAUUUUUGAUAGCAAGUUUAUGAAAUUCACCAUCACUGAAACACCAUCAUUGGAUUCACAAUAAUUUAUUUAUUAUAAAUGACCAAAUUGUGUCUAGAAGAAUGAAAUGCUCAAAACUUGUUAUUGUAAGUAAAUUUCCAGAUCACUGUCAAUGCUGAAAGAGUCUAGGCUAUUUUAAAUCAAGGAGAAAGGGCUGGGGAAAAAAAUUAAAUGAAAAUCAGACGUUGGUAGUCACCUUUUUCUAAUGUCUAAAGAUUUAUUAAAACUUGAGAAUUACUCGAAAAAAAACUUAUUUCCUAAUAGAAGAAAGUAAAAAAUUUGACUUGGCAGACAGCGAUAGUCAUCUUGAUUCAGGUUGAAAAAAUCUCAGUGACCUCUUUCCUUCCCUCAGGAGUGUUGGUUUUUAGCAACAGUCUCUCUUUUCCCCCAACAUUACAAAAAUAUGUAUUCAUGACCAAAAUGAAUCAUUUAGAGAUCAUGCAGCUAUCAGCCUUUUUUGCCUGUGGAAAGUAUACAACAGCAAGAAACUAAUUUUAAAUGUUUACUAUGUGGAAGGAGCCCCGGUGGUGCCGUGGUUAAGUGCUCAGUUAAGUCUGAACCCACCAGCAGCUCUGCAGGAGAAAGAUGUGACAAUCUGCUUCUGUAGGAAUUACCGCUGUGGAAAGCCUAUGGUGCAGUUCUACUCCCACUCCAUCCUACAGGGUCGGAGUUGGAAUGGACUCUGACAGCAGCAGGAUUUUUUUGUUUUUUUUUUUGGUUAUGUAGAGGGAGGUGUAAGGAUAGGAGGAGGAGGAGUGGAUGGGGCUGGUUCAUGGAGAAAAAUAAAGAUCUGAAUAUACUAUUACGGAGAGUUCUCAGCCUCUUCAGAGGAAUGGGAAAAUAAGUAUUCAAUGAGGAUCAGCCCAAAGUUAGGCCAUUCAGACACUGGAACACAUGACACUAAGAGACACAUGACAUAUUCCCAAUUAGUCUAAAACUCAGCCUCUUUCAUGACACCAAACCUAAAAUCGUUGAGGCCCUUGCUUUAGGGAAUUAGGUUAGUUAUGGUCAGACAAAGGUCCGUCAGUGGUGCAAACAAUUUGGUGGCUUAAACCCACCCAGUGGCACCACAGAAGAAAGGCCUGGUGAUCUGUAAAAAUUACAGUCAAGAAAAUCCUGUGGUACAGUUCUACUCUGUCACAUGGGGUUGCUAUGAAUCAAAACCAACUCAACAGCAAGGGAUUAUGGUCAGAUAAUGACCAAGGAGAAACUCCAUUCAUCCCCUUCUUAUUUAAAAGACAUGACCCUGUUCUUUGGUUUCCUUAUACCAGACACCCUGAGUCACACAGAGACAAUAAAAUAAUAAAAUAAAAGCAGUUUGCCUGAGGAAAGGUUAAGAAAGAGCACAUUCAUCUGUGGGUCUCUGAGAAGUUUGACCACCUUGGGACCCAGACUCAGGUGCGAUUGUCUAGACUUCACAGUGAAGUCUAAGCAACUAUUUUAGAGAUGGUUUGAAUAAAACCACACUAAGUCUGUUACAUUUAUAGCAGGAAAAUAAAAACAAGUAUCGUCCACCAGGCUAUUCUGGAAAUAGCGUUAAGUGAAAUCAGAGCUUCCCUUGCUAGGAAAUGUUAAAAUCAUUUCAGGGACCUUAGCUAAGGCUGUUUAGACACAGACAUCUUGUGUGUACUAUACCGCAGUCUCAGGGCUGGCACCCUCGCUGAGAAGGGCAAAGUCUUUGAUUGGUCAAACAAGUCUCAUUUGCCUGAUGGGAGGCAUUUGGACAGUGCCUGGGAAGUACAUUAUUUUCAGGAGGGAAGAAAACACAGGGAGAGAUACAGCCUUUUUUACUUGCCAGCUGGGAUCAUGGAAACUUCCAAUGCCUGGAAUUUACUACUGUUUCUGGUAAUUCUGCCUGUAGUCGUUUGAAAUGUUUGAAGGGUGACAGGAGGAGAAGUCGGGCACUUGGGGCAGCUGUCCAUGACUUAUGCCAGUUCCACCAGUUCAUAGACUAUUUGUAAUGCACUUCAAAGUGGGUAUAACUGUACCCUUUGUCAGAAUCACAGAGCUCACUAAGGUGUUGCUGAAAGGGAACAAUGAGGAAGACCUAACCCUGAAAAGCCAGGGAAAGCCAAACCAAAGGAAGGACGCUGAGCAGUCAAGCACAGCACAUAGCAAGCAAGGUUCGCACUGUUUUGAGAAGGCCGUGUAUGUCCUAAGGGCAAGUCUUUCAGGAGGUGGUUAGUUUUCCAGAGGUGUUCCAAAAACCUGACUGAAGCCAAGACUUGGAAUACUGAGCAUUAGGAACUUACCCUAGUCCUCUGGGCAGCAUUCCUGUUUCCCCCGCCAUGCCCAUGAGAAUUCCCUCCCUGGGCUGCAUUCUUUCACGAUAAAAUAACAUGCAUUCUUCAUGAUGACCUCAUGCUUGACGUACCUGAGCCUGCAAAUGUACGAACUGUUGUAUCUGAAUUUGCACUAAUGGUGGCUGAUGGCCAAAGAGGUGUGACCUUCAUUGGAAUCCUCUCUUUAAAUUCAGUUAAUCCAGAUGCUAUAUACUUCCGCAAGCUUCCUCAUUAUUGUUAUUGUAAGAUUAAUUAUCUAAGUUUGAAUGUAUUUCACCACAGCCCAUUAAUUUGCCAUCUAUCUUUUACCUGAGGAGUGUUAUGAUUGCAAUAAUUCAUUGAUGGUGUCUUCACACGGCCUCUUAAACCAAGUUUUUCUGCAAUUCUUUUGGUUCUGCUUACAAUAUGUGGGAAGUCUUUUUUUUUUUUUUCUAGUAAUAAUUUUAUCAAAAAAGCCAUUGUAUUGACUGCCAUGGUGAUACAAUUUGUUAAAGGUCUGGAAAAUGUUGAUGACCAAAUGUAAACUGCGUUCUCUCUGUUGAUUGCUUGUUUUCAGAAUUAAAUCAUGUUUGUUUUUUUUUUUAGAAGGGGGAGAAGGGAGCAAAUUGUGUAAUACUGCUGUCAUAUUUGACUACAUAUUAAAAAUAAUAAAUGAGCAUUUUGUUUUAA